AGCAAAGCAACUCAGUGUGAAUAGAAUAAAGAAAUAUUUACGAUAAAAUUUAUAAAUUACAAAAUUAAAAGAAACAAUGAAGUUCGUAUUUGUAUUGUUCUGUUUUAUCGCCGCUGUCGCAGCGCAAGAUAUAUUGCUGGAAAGUUAUCCAGUAUGGUAUAUCACACCAGAAAGCCCCAUCGAACAGUACCAGAGAUAUCGCCGUGACGUCACAUUCGACCACAAGACUGACAAUGGCCGCGUAUUUGGUACACUUGGACAAAAUGACGCUGGUCUAUUUGGAAAAGGUGGAUACGAGCAUAAUUUCUUUGACGACCACCGCGGUAAAUUGGACGGGCAGGCGUAUGGCACACGGGUGCUCGGACCCUACGGAGACUCCAGUCACCUCGGAGGAGCCCUCAACUGGCGCAACGAUAACGCUGCUGCUUCUCUGGACGUUAGCAAGAUGAUACAUGGACCUACUUCUGUGUCGGCUGGCGCGGGCGGUGCAUGGCCUGUUGGUAAAAAUGGAGACUUCUCUCUUCAAGGCACGUACGGGAAAACUGGGGGAUACAACUCAGAAUUCGGUGGCUUGGCUAAGUUCAACUAUCGCUUUUGAAAAAUAAUUGACUUGGAAGAAUUGUAAAUUAUUUUUAUUUGAUGUGAUAUUUUGUUAAUAGUAUUUAUAAAUAAAAUAUAUGUUUUUCUGAUAUUGAAUCAAUUGACAGUGAAAUUAAAAUUA